AUGGCCACCACCACCUUUUGCCUCCAACAAAUGGAGGUGCUUCAAAUGGCCCAAAUCCGUAUUUCAGAAGCCAAGAGUUGGGUUAGCAAUAACUCUGUGAGAUUGCAUGGCUUUGGAAGCUUAAGCCUUGACCAAACAAGUAAUAGUGUGCCUUUAAGAGAUUGUGCCAAACUCUAUGAGGAGAGUGAGUCUCGGCUCUCUCACAUGAUGUCUGAAGAGAGUAGUUACACCAAAGAAGAUGCACUUACAUGGGUUAGUGCUGUGAUGACAAACCAUAGGGCUUGUUUGGAUGGUUUGCAAGAAAAAGGGUAUGUUGAAGCCGAUCAUGUUUUGGAUAGAAACUUGACCAUGUUGCUUGGGGAAGCUCUUGUUUUGUAUUCAAAAAGCAAAGGCAAAGGACCAGCUGAGGGAACGAUAUCCAAAUCAAGUGGUGGUCUUUUAGAAUCAUGGAGUACAGAAAGCUAUAAGGCAGAUUUGACAGUGGCACAGGAUGGUUCAGGGACCCACAAAACAAUCCAAGAAGCGGUAAAUGGACUAGCUGCAAUGGGGCACAAUCGUCCUGCGAGAGCAGUUAUACAUGUGAAAUCAGGUGUCUACAAUGAGAAGGUGCAAAUUGGAUUGAACAAUGUGAUGUUUGUAGGAGAUGGCAUAGACAAAACAAUUAUCACUGGCAACCGAAAUGUUGCCCAAGGCUCUUCCACUCUGAGCUCAGCCACAUUUGAUGUAUCAGGGGAUGGAUUUUGGGCCAGAGAUAUGACAAUUGAGAACACAGCAGGCCCAGAAAAGCACCAAGCGGUGGCACUUAAGGUUAGUUCAGACUUAUCAGUCUUCUAUAGAUGCAGCAUCAAAGGCUACCAAGACACACUUUAUGUGCUUUCAAAUCGCCAAUUCUACCGUGAUUGUUACAUAUAUGGCACUGUAGAUUUCAUAUUUGGUGAUGCCAUAGUGGUGUUACAAAAUUGUGACAUCUUUGUGAGGAAACCAAUGAGCCAUCAAUCCAACUUCAUCACAGCACAAGGAAGAGACGAUCCAAACAAACCCACUGGAAUUUCAAUCCAAAAUAGCAGGGUUAGGCCUACAUCUGAGUUUGUCUCAUUUAAGAAUUCUUACAACACAUUCUUGGGUAGGCCUUGGAAGAAGUAUUCAAGGACAGUGUAUCUUAAAACUGACUUAGAUGGGCUGAUUCACCCAAAAGGGUGGAGUGAAUGGGAUGGAAAUUUUGCACUCUCAACUUUGUACUAUGGAGAGUAUAUGAACACUGGUAGUGGUGCCUCUACUCAAAAUAGAGUGAAUUGGCCUGGUUUUCAUGUGCUGAGUGCUAGUGAGGCCUCACCCUUCACAGUGAACCAGUUUUUGCAAGGAGAAAGUUGGAUUCAAGCUACUGGGGUGCCAUUUUGGGCUGGAAUUUAA